AUUCACUGACAGAUAUCUGCAAAUAUUUAUUACAGUAAAAAAAAUGGCAACAAACGCUUGUAUUCUGAUUUGUUUAUUGAUCAUAGCUUUGGAUAUUACUGCUGGGAUACUUGGCAUUGAGGCUGAAAAAGCUGAAAACAAGGCUAUGCAUUUGGGGGCGGGGCAUGUUGAGUGUAGAAACACCAGUUCUCAAGCUUACAGGCUAGGUUUUGCAGCAUUGGUACUACUUAGCGUUGCUCAUGUUAUUGGGACCUUACUUGGUGGGUGUGUCUGUAUUUGGAGAAAGGGAAAUUCAAACAAAGCAUCUGUCAUCAAAUAUUUAGCGGUGGCUUUCCUCAUUAUCUCAUGGAUCAUAUUAGUGGUGGGAUUGAUAAUGCUGAUUAUAGGGACAUUGUCAAACUCAUCAAAGUCAGGAUAUUCAUGCGGCAUAUCCCACCAUCGGAUGUUUACCAUUGGAGGGUUUCUGUGUUUCAUCCAUGGAGUUUUCACGGUUGCUUACUAUUUAUCAGCCACCGCAGUAGGCCGAGAAUGGCCUCGAAACACCACUUCCUGAUUUGCCUUUUCCCUACUUGCUCCAUGCUUUGUAACAAAUGCCAACAACUCACAUUCUUUAUUUGUAUUCAUAUUUUGGAUGUAAUUCACGUUUUUAUUUUUGUGUUCAUGAAA